AUUCGAACAAGAUGCUAAGUUGGCUCCGACGCUUCCCUAACGAUGUGAUCCAUAGGAAGGGGGGCAGCUCGGGCCGGAGGACCUCCUCCUCCACCUCCUGGAGGAACAAGAGCAGCAGCAGCUUCACCGCGCGGAUCAUCCGUUGUGCGUCCUCCGUCGUCGACACACACCACCAGCACCGUGGUGAUGAUGAUGAUGACGAUGGCGAUGAAGACGACGAGUACGACGACUGUCGUCUACCGUCGUCGCCUCCUAACAACCACGCUAGAAGAAACACCACCACCACUGCUGUCAUCUCGGCCCGAGCCUUCUCCUUCCGCGAGCUAGCCGAUGCCGCAGGAAACUUCCGCCAGGACAACCUCAUCGGAGAGGGAGGCUUCGGUCGCGUCUACAAGGCCCGCCUGCCAACUCGGGUGCAGCAUGCUGCUGAUGACGCCGAUCUGCAGGGCCUUCCGGUGGCCAUCAAGCAGCUGGACCGCAAUGGCUUCCAGGGCAACAACGAGUUCAUGGUGGAGGUGCUCAUGCUCAGCAUGCUGCACCACCCCAACCUCGUCAGCCUCGUCGGUUACUGCGCCGAGGGCGAGCAGCGCCUGCUCGUCUACGAGUACAUGGCACUAGGGUCCCUCGAGGACCACCUGUUAUUGCUGCGUGACGAUGGCCAUGGCAGCCCUUUGCCCUGGCGCACGAGGAUGAAGAUCGCGCUCGGCGCGGCGCGGGGCUUAGAGUACCUGCACGAAAGCGCUGUCAUCUACCGGGACCUCAAGUCCUCCAACAUCCUCCUCGACCAAGACUACGCGCCCAAGCUCUCUGACUUCGGCCUCGCCAAGCUCCUCCCCGCCCCGCGCACCACCGACUCCUCCUCCUCCUCCUCAAGCAGCAGCAGCAGCGGCGGCGGCAAGGUGAUGGGCACGUAUGGGUACUGUGCGCCGGAGUACUUGCGGACAGGGAAGCUCAGCGUCAAGUCGGACGUCUAUAGCUUUGGGGUGCUACUGCUGGAGCUCAUCACCGGCCGUCGAGCCAUCGACGCCAGCCGGCCGGAUGGCGAGCAAAGCCUGGUGGGAUGGGCGGCAGGGAUGUUUGGUGACUCCACGAGGUUCCAUGAGUUGCUGGACCCUCGGCUGGUGAUGGCGAUUCGAGGACGGCCUACAGCAUCACAGCUGAAGCAGGCCGUGGGUGUGGCGUCGAUGUGCUUGCAGGAACACCACGCCCUACGUCCCGUCAUGGCCGACGUCGUCGUGGCCCUUUCCUUCAUCGCUAAUGAUUCCCCUGCUUCUCCCCCCUGCUAGCUCAGCUCGAUCAAAAAAAAAAAUUGCAUCACAAUCUCUCGCUCCUCCUCAUUCCUCUGUGUAUCUCACUUUUUCUUGUUGUAAACAUUGAGAAGAAGAAUUACAUGGCAAAUUAAACCUAGUUAUAUUUUU